AUGAAUGCUUCAAAUUGGAUAGACGAGUACUUGAAAAAUCAAGGAGCUUAUAAAAUUAAAUUCAUACUUGAAAUUACUAGCCCUUUCUUCAAAAAUGUAUUAGAGUGGCUGAUAGAUAACCCAAUCAAUCCACCACACGAUGCCCAGGUUAUUGGACUAUAUAAUACGCAUUAUGCACAGAACACCAAACAGUCAGAACACACUCAACACCAGCAAACACACCUCAACGACCAGCUCCACUCAACCCAAUUCCAACUGAAAUCCUAUCUCAACAACAACCUCAAAGAGAGCAUUAGGAUGUCUUACUAUUCCUUGGCUGAUAUUUACUACUCACUGAAUAACCCCGAACACAGUUUGAACUGUUACUUACAGUCUCGAGACCACAUCAGCUCUUCUCCUCAGCUGAUUGAGACGCACAACCAUAUAAUUAAUAUGGCUAUUGAGCUGCGCAAUUACUCGCUUAUCAAGAACUCAGUCAUCAAGAUCAACUCUAUUGCCUUGAACAAUGUCGAUGUUAGUCACGACGCGUUACUCAUCUCAACCGCGAUAGCUGAUCUUGGGCAAUCAAACUACGCGGCAGUUGUCGAGUCACUCACUAAGCUCUCUCCAAUUUCCACUCACCCACUCGUUACUCCCUCAGACAUAUCGAUAUACCUCACACUGUGUGCACUCACGACGCAAUCAAGACACGACAUAAAAUCUGCUAUUCUAAACAACGAAGCUUUGAGGAGUAAGUUUGAAUAUGCACCUCAUACCAAGUUACUCCUCGAGCAAUACGUGUCGUCAAACUACAAGCAACUCUUCGUCACUCUGGAAGAAAACAAGUGGUGGUACCUCCUCGACCCGCACUUACACCAUCAGUACACCGCCAUGGUGGAGGUUAUAUACCGACGCUGCAUAGUGCAGUUUUUCCACUCAUACAACUCCAUCACGCUCGAUAGUUUGGUGGAGGCGUUUGGCGAUGAGCAGAUAUUCACUCAUACACUCAGUCUUAUCAAGUCAGCCCAUCUCAACUUGCGCUAUGACGCCGUUGGUAGGGUCUUCCACAGACCGCAGCUGGAUAAGCGUCAUAGUCUCAUCGAUAGGGCUGUCACGUUGAGUGAACUCAACUAUAAAUCCACUGCUCAGUUACUCCUUCGUAUCAAACUGUCUGAUGCUAAUUUGGUCCUGGGCGAACGCCCUGCUGGCUCACAUAAAGUUAACUUGCAACGCCGCAAUUCAGAUGAACUCGAUGACGUUGAUCGUACGGAGAUGGACGUUGAGACUAAGUAG